AUGUCUCUCCAACCAUUGACUGGAGCGAAGAAACUACGACAACUCCUCAAAGACCCCAACAACCUCGUUCUCUGCCCAGGCGUAUACGAUGGCCUCACAGCUCGUCUCGCGCUAUCAAUUGGCUUCGACGCAAUAUACAUGACAGGCGCCGGCACCUCAAUGUCCCGCCUAGGAUGGGCAGACCUCGGCCUCGCCACCCUAGACAACAUGCGCUCCAACGCCGAGAUGAUCGCGUCCCUCGACCCCGCCGUCCCCGUCAUCGCCGACGCAGACACGGGCUACGGUGGCCCGAUCAUGGUGUCUCGGACCGUGACGCAGUACGCUCGUUCCGGGGUCGCGGCGCUGCAUAUCGAGGACCAGGCACAGCAGAAACGGUGCGGGCAUUUGCUUGGUAAGGUGAUUGUGGAUCGGGAGGAGUAUUUUGCAAGGUUGAGCGCUGCGUGUCAGGCGAGGGAUGCGACGGAGAGUGAUAUUGUGAUUAUUGCGAGGACGGAUGCGAGGCAGACGUACGGUUUCGACGAGGCGCUGGAAAGGUUACAGAAGGCGGUAGAGAUCGGGGUGGAUGUGGUGUUUUUCGAGGCGUUGGAGUCGAAGGAGGAAGCGCGGAAAGUGUGUGAGGUAUUCAAGAAGACAAACACGCCCGUGUUGUUGAAUAUGGUUCCUGGAGGUGUGACUCCAGCCAUGAGCGCGCAGGAGGCGAAGGAGGUCGGGUUCAGGAUUAUGAUUGUGCCGGGUUUGUGCAUUGCGCCGGUGAUUCGGAGUGUGACGGAGGAGAUGGAGCAUUUGAAGAACCAGGGGACCCCGACGCAGCUGAAUGCUAAUGAGGGCGUGGUUAGAGGGUUCAAGCUGUGUGGGAUGGAGGAGUGCAUGGAGAUUGACAGGAAAGCUGGCGGGAAGGCGUAUGAUACCGUUGGGGAAACCAAGAAUUAG